ACCAUCAAAGAAUCAAAGAUGACAUGUCGUCACUCGUCGACUGGCACGGAACGGAAUAUUCUGAAAGGUUAAUCGGCUAAAUUAGGGUUACCAAAAAGGAUUCAGCAAAGUCCAUUUGAAUCUUCUGUUUGAAUUCAAGGAUUCUCUCACAGAAGCAUGAAGCUCAAGCAAUUAGAAUCCCUACUCGGUGAAAUUCAACAGUUCUCAAAUCCAAAGGUGGAGCUGGAGCAAUACCCAACUGGACCUCACAUUGCUUCUCGCAUGUUGUACACUGCAGAGAAUUCAUUUGGAGAUGUGAGUGGCAAGGUGGUGGCGGAUUUGGGUUGUGGUUGUGGUACAUUAGGAGCUGCAGCUGCACUGUUGGGUGCAGAACAUGUUACAGGAAUUGACAUUGAUCCCGAGUCUCUUGAAAUAGCAUCUUCAAAUGCAGAGGAUCUUGAGUUGGAAAUGGACUUGGUUCAGUGUGACGUGAAGAACUUGGGAUGGAGAGGUCAGGUCGUUGAUACAAUUGUAAUGAACCCUCCAUUUGGAACACGAAGAAAGGGUGCAGAUAUGGAAUUCCUUUCUGUAGCUUUGAAGCAUGCUUCCAAAGCAGUUUAUUCUUUGCACAAGACCUCAACAAGAGAUCAUAUAAAACGGGCAGCUCUGCGGGAUUACGGUGCUCAAAGUGCCGAGGUUUUAUGUGAGCUUCGAUAUGACGUGCCCCAACUUUACAAAUUUCACAAGAGAAAAGAGGUUGACAUUGCUGUGGAUCUUUGGCGUUUCGUGCCAAGAAGCAACCGAGAAAAUACCAUUGAAAAUCGACCUACAUGAAGUUCAUGUCCUUUCUCAGACUUGUAUACUCUGAUCACACCGCAGUCACGAUCAAUGGGGUGAGAAGCAUCAAACAACUCCUACGGUAUUUUUUCUGUAUUAGAAUGUUCAUAUAUUUCUUAGAAAUCUGCUAAAAAGUUGUGAAAUUUAGUUCUAAGCUCUUGGAAAUUCAUGCUUCAGUGAAAAAAACAACACUCCACUUAUUUUUUUUUUAAUUAUUAAUUUUCCUGGUAUUUCAAGUGCUUUCUGUUAAUGGAGGUAGAACUUUCUUGGUAACUCUUCUUAUGAAUUAUAGUUGUAAUUAUUAGAACAGUAACAAUAAACUUGGUGAA